AAAACGUCGGUGCAUUGCGCCGUAGCACAUUACAGUUUCACCACGCAGUUGUUUUCAACCACGCGUCGUAACUAAGUAAGUAACCACGAACACGUAAUCGUAUCCGUCACAUUGUUUGCCGGCGAUCGAUUAAAUUCGAUUUUAUUUCGAAUUCGUACCCUUUUCUCUUUCUUUUGCAUUUAUUUUUUAUACACUUGCAUCUCUGCAUACACCAACACGAACAGAAGAGAAAAUUCAAGAUGACGUAUGCAAAGUUGCUACUUGCGCUUGGGAUUUGGAUGAUCUUCACUAGCGAAGGUCAAACGGACGAUUGGUUGGGCGGAUUUAAAAUGGAUUUGAGUGAAUUCCAACGGGGAAUACAACAGGGUGUACAAAAUUUACAAUAUGACAUACAAAAGAACGUGGAAAAGUCGUUGGCCGACGUAAGAAAGCUAACUGCAAAUAUCGAGGAGGACGUUCAGGAGGCAAUUAAGAAAGGAGAACUGAAAAGUUACGCAACCGGCGGUAGUACGAUUAUCACGAGUGGUCCUGGUACGAUUAUUACUAAUGGUGGUCUUGGUACGUCAAGGAUAAUCACGUCAGGACAUCUUCCUAACGGUCAACCAUACUCUUAUGACAUCGAGGAUAAAGUGAUAGGUAGAACUUUUUAUCACACCGAAAAAUAUUACAAUCAGACGAAGGGAGGAAUCGACGUAACCGGCUAUACUUUAGACCUUGAUGAUCCUAAUGCUAAACCCGUUCCGCUUAAGCCACACUCGUAAUAUCCUCGCACGGCUACAAUAAUAAUUUUUUUAUCGAAAAAAAAAAAAAAAAAAAAAAAAAGAAGAAAGGAAGGAAAGAAAGAAAGAGGGAGGAAGAAAGGUUAUCCCCUUAUCCGCGUAAAAUUUUAUCGAUACAUGCGAUAUAUUGUUUUGGCAAUUAUUGUUAAAUGUAAAAGUAAAGAAUAAAGAGCUAUCGAAAUAAAUGCUAAGUGACAAAAAAUUUCUCUUAUUUAAUUUCUUUUUUAAAUCCGAUUCAAUGAAAGUCUUAGAGCUGUGGUAAAAAAAGCUAAUGUGGUAAAAAAGGAAGAAAAAAAGAGCAACUCGACGAGUGAUUUGUAAGAUUUUAUCGAUUGUGCUUACGCGCUUACAAUUAGCGUUAAAUGUAAAACAGAAGAAAAAUAAAAAGAGAAAAGAAAAGAGAACAAU